AAAGCCAUGUCGUUGUAACCGCGUUGUUCUUAUUUUCAGCGUAGUUCGGUCUCUUCUAGGAUCUAAGUAGAAAGACUUGUUUGAGCAGCAGCUCGAGUCUACCAUUUUGUCUGACUCUGAUUAGAUUUUUGUACACAAUAUUAUCGUAAAGACGUUCUGAGCGCAAACUAGCAACCGUGUUUUUGUCAGCGAAUAUUUUUGAGAAGUAGCAAGGAAUAAAAAAAAAAAAAAAAAAUCAUGGCGGAUGUCACAGCGCGUAGCUUGCAGUACGAAUACAAAGCAAACUCGAACUUAGUGUUGCAAGCGGACCGCUCUUUGAUCGACCGCACACGACGAGAUGAGCCCACCGGCGAGGUCUUGUCUCUGGUUGGAAAAUUGGAGGGAACAAAAAUGGGCGAUAAGAGUCAGAGAACAAAGCCACAGAUGUUGGAGGAAAGGAGAGCAAAGAGAAGAAAGCGGGAUGAGGACAGGCAUGACAUUAACAAAAUGAAAGGGUUCACUCUCCUGUCUGAGGGCAUUGAUGAUAUGGUGGGUAUUGUUUACAAGCCCAAGACAAAAGAGACCAGAGAAACUUAUGAAAUUCUCCUGAGCUUCAUCCAGGCUGCGCUUGGAGAUCAGCCAAGAGACAUCCUUUGUGGGGCUGCUGAUGAAGUCUUGGCUGUAUUAAAGAAUGACAAAAUGAGAGAUAAGGAAAGGCGGAGAGAGGUUGAGCAGCUGCUUGGCCCUGCAGAUGAUACGCGUUACCAUGUCCUUGUCAACCUGGGCAAAAAGAUCACAGACUAUGGAGGAGACAAGGAACUGCAAAAUAUGGAUGACAACAUAGAUGAAACAUAUGGAGUAAAUGUGCAGUUUGAAUCUGAUGAAGAGGUUGGUGAUGAGGACCAGUUUGGAGAAGUACGUGAUGAAAGCUCUGAUGACAGUGAGGGAGUGGAAGCAGAUGUGGGAUGUACACUGUCUGCUAAUCUGGGAAGUGCAGGAGAUGUGAUGACAAAUAAAAAGAAAGACCUUCAUCCAAGGGAUAUUGAUGCUUUUUGGCUUCAGCGACAGCUUAGUCGUUUCUACGAUGAUGCUAUUGUGUCUCAGAAGAAAGCUGAUGAAGUUCUGGAGAUUCUCAAGACUGCCAGUGAUGAUAGAGAAUGUGAAAAUCAGUUGGUACUUUUGUUGGGUUUUAAUACUUUUGACUUCAUCAAGGUCUUACGCCAGCACAGACGCAUGAUCCUGUAUUGCACAAUGUUGGCAAGUGCACAAAGUGACUCGGAGAAGGAGAGGAUUAUGAGUAAAAUGGAAGCGGAUCAGGAUUUGUCCCAAGUUCUUUAUCAGUUGCAGGAGACUGAAAAAGAAGACAUCAUUCGUGAGGAAAGAUCACGAAGAGAGAGAGUUAGAAAGUCUCGUGUAGACAGUGAUCUGGAGUCUAUGGACAUUGAUCAUGGACAGACCAUGGCAUCUCGGCAUCUGCUAGAUCUAGAAGACCUAGCCUUUACGCAGGGAAGUCACUUUAUGGCCAACAAGCGCUGCCAGCUGCCUGAUGGUUCAUUUCGCAAACAAAGGAAAGGUUAUGAGGAGGUUCAUGUACCUGCACUUAAACCUAAGCCCUUUUCUGAGGAUGAGACACUGGUGGCUAUAGAGAAGAUGCCAAAGUACUCUCAAGCAGCAUUUGAGGGGUUCAAAUCCUUGAACCGUAUCCAAAGCAAGCUGUUCAAGGCCACCAUGGAGACGGAUGGAAACUUGUUGGUGUGCGCCCCCACUGGAGCUGGUAAAACUAAUGUUGCACUGAUGGCCAUGCUCAGGGAAAUUGGCAAGCACAUCAACAUGGAUGGCACCAUAAACAUAGAUGACUUCAAAAUCAUCUAUGUUGCUCCUAUGCGUUCACUGGUACAGGAAAUGGUUGGCAGCUUUGGAAAGCGUUUGGCUAGUUAUGGAAUAACCGUGUCUGAGCUGACUGGAGAUCACCAGCUUUGCAAGGAGGAGAUCAAUGCUUCACAGAUCAUUGUGUGCACACCUGAGAAGUGGGAUAUCAUCACCCGCAAGGGAGGGGAGCGCACAUACACCCAGCUUGUGCGCCUUAUCAUAAUUGAUGAAAUACACUUACUUCAUGAUGAUCGUGGGCCAGUUCUGGAGUCUUUAAUUGCUCGGACCAUCAGAAAUGUAGAACUUACUCAGGAAGAUGUGCGUCUCAUUGGUCUCAGUGCCACAUUGCCAAAUUAUGAGGAUGUGGCCACAUGCCUUCGUGUAGACCCUGCUAAAGGUCUUUUCUACUUUGACAACAGUUUUCGACCUGUGCCACUAGAACAGACAUACGUAGGGAUUACAGAGAAGAAGGCAAUCAAGCGCUUUCAGAUCAUGAAUGAGAUUGUCUAUGAGAAGAUAAUGGAACAUGCUGGAAAGAAUCAGGUAUUGGUAUUUGUCCAUUCACGGAAGGAGACAGGGAAGACUGCACGAGCAAUCAGGGACAUGUGUCUGGAGAAAGAUACGUUGGGACUUUUCCUGCGAGAAGGUUCUGCCUCCACCGAGGUCCUAAGAACUGAGGCAGAACAAUGCAAGAAUCUGGAGCUAAAGGACCUGUUGCCAUAUGGAUUUGCCAUCCAUCAUGCUGGCAUGACUAGAGUGGACAGAACGUUGGUUGAGGAUCUUUUUGCUGAUAGACACAUACAGGUCCUGGUGUCCACUGCUACACUGGCCUGGGGUGUUAAUUUGCCAGCACACACUGUCAUCAUCAAAGGUACACAGGUGUACAGCCCAGAGAAAGGCAGGUGGACAGAGCUAGGUGCUCUAGACAUUUUGCAGAUGUUGGGGCGUGCAGGCCGCCCACAGUACGACUCUAAAGGAGAGGGCAUUUUGAUCACAUCCCAUGGGGAGCUGCAGUAUUACCUGUCUCUGCUUAACCAGCAGUUGCCUAUAGAGAGUCAAAUGUUAAGCAAACUGCCAGACAUGCUCAAUGCUGAGAUUGUGCUGGGCAAUGUCCAGAAUGCUAAGGAUGCAGUGAACUGGAUGGGUUACACUUAUCUGUAUGUGAGGAUGCUGCGUAACCCAACGCUCUAUGGGGUUUCCCAUGAUGAACGCAACACUGAUCCCCUACUGGAGAUGCGAAGAAUGGACCUCGUGCACACUGCUGCCACUGUACUCGAGAAGAGCAACCUGAUCAAAUACGAUAAGAGGACCGGGAGCUUCCAGGUGACUGACCUGGGCCGCAUUGCCAGCCACUUUUACAUCACACAUGAUUCCAUAAUGACUUAUAAUCAGCUGCUGAAGCCUACACUCAGUGAAAUCGAGCUCUUCAGGGUGUUCUCCCUCUCCUCUGAAUUUAGGAACAUCACUGUUAGAGAGGAGGAAAAGCUUGAGCUGCAGAAACUUCUGGAAAGGGUGCCAAUUCCAGUGAAAGAGAGUAUUGAGGAGCCUAGUGCUAAGAUAAAUGUGCUGCUUCAGGCCUACAUCUCCCAACUUAAGCUGGAGGGCUUUGCUCUAAUGGCUGACAUGGUCUAUGUGACCCAGAGUGCAGGACGGCUUAUGAGGGCCAUCUUUGAGAUUGUUUUGAGCCGUGGUUGGGCACAGCUCACUGACAAGACCAUGAACCUUUGCAAGAUGAUUGACAAAAGGAUGUGGCAGUCUAUGUCUCCUCUGCGACAGUUCCGCAAACUUCCUGAAGAAGUUAUCAAGAAAAUUGAGAAAAAAAGCUUUCCAUUUGAACGACUGUAUGACCUCAACCACAAUGAAAUUGGUGAAUUGAUUCGUAUGCCCAAGAUAGGGAAGACCAUACAUAAGUAUGUGCAUCAGUUUCCAAAACUGGACCUGGCAGUGCAUCUUCAGCCCAUCACCCGGUCCACACUUAAAGUGGAGCUCACAAUCACACCUGACUUCCAAUGGGAUGAAAAGAUACAUGGAUCAUCUGAGGCAUUUUGGAUCUUGGUGGAAGAUGUUGACAGUGAGGUGAUCCUACACCAUGAAUAUUUCCUCCUCAAAGCCAAGUAUGCUCAGGACGAGCACCUGGUCACCUUUUUUGUGCCUGUAUUUGAGCCCCUGCCUCCACAGUAUUUCAUCAGAGUUGCCUCAGACCGUUGGCUAUCAUGUGAGACCCAGCUGCCAGUGUCAUUUCGCCACCUGAUCUUGCCAGAGAAGUACCCACCUCCAACCGAGCUUCUGGACCUACAACCUCUUCCUGUAUCUGCCCUGAGAAAUGCUGCAUUUGAAUGCCUCUACCAAAAUAUGUUUCCUUUCUUCAACCCUAUUCAGACCCAAGUGUUCAAUGCUGUGUACAACAGUGAUGAUAAUGUUUUUGUUGGUUCCCCCACUGGGAGUGGGAAGACUAUCUGUGCAGAGUUUGCUAUUCUCAGGAUGCUGCUGCACAACCCAGAAGGCCGUUGUGUCUACAUCACCCCCAUGGAGUCUCUGGCGGAACAAGUGUUUGUGGAUUGGCAUCAGAAGUUUCAGGUUCUCCUGAAUAAAAAGGUAGUUAUGCUAACUGGAGAGACCAGCACUGACCUCAAGCUACUUGGGAAAGGUGACAUUAUCAUCAGCACCCCAGAUAAGUGGGAUAUUUUGUCCCGCCGAUGGAAACAGAGGAAGAAUGUCCAGAAUGUCAGUCUCUUCAUUGUGGAUGAGAUUCAUCUCAUUGGGGGAGAGAAUGGGCCUGUUCUAGAAGUAAUCUGCUCAAGAAUGAGGUACAUCUCCUCUCAGAUUGAGCGUCCCAUCCGCAUUGUGGCAUUAAGCUCAUCUCUGUCCAAUGCAAAAGAUGUGGCACACUGGUUGGGUUGUAGCACUACAGCAACUUUCAACUUCCACCCAAAUGUCAGGCCUGUGCCACUGGAGCUUCACAUUCAGGGUUUUAACGUGAGUCACACGCAAACCCGGCUACUGUCAAUGGCUAAACCUGUGUACCACACCAUCAUGAAGCAUUCUCCAUCUAAACCGUCUUUAGUGUUUGUUCCUUCUCGGAGACAGACUCGUCUUACUGCCAUUGACAUAUUAACUUUCUGUGCUGCUGAUGUGGUUCCACAAAGGUUCCUACACUGCUCUGAGAAAGAAUUGGUGCCAUUCCUGGAGAAGCUGUCUGAUGGUGCACUGAAAGAAACACUUUCUAAUGGAGUGGGUUAUCUGCACGAAGGGCUCUCAAUGACUGAACGCAGGAUAGUUGAACAGCUCUUUAACUCUGGUGCUAUUCAAGUUGUGGUGGCCUCUCGUUCUCUUUGCUGGGGAACAAACAUCUCUGCCCACUUGGUUAUUGUCAUGGACACACAGUAUUACAAUGGGAAAAUUCAUGCUUAUGUGGAUUACCCGAUCUAUGAUGUGCUGCAAAUGGUUGGGAAGGCCAACCGUCCCCUUCAGGAUGAUGAGGGCUGCUGUGUCAUUAUGUGCCAGGGCUCUAAAAAGGACUUCUUUAAGAAGUUUCUUUAUGAGCCUUUGCCAGUUGAAUCUCAUUUGGACCACCGCCUUCAUGACCACUUCAAUGCUGAGAUAGUCACAAAGACAGUGGAAAAUAAGCAGGAUGCUGUGGACUACCUAACCUGGACUUUCCUUUACCGCAGAAUGACCCAAAACCCCAAUUACUACAAUCUUCAGGGAAUGUCUCAUCGGCAUCUGUCAGACCACCUGUCAGAAUUGGUGGAGAACACACUGCAGGAUCUGGAGCAGUCCAAGUGCAUCAGCAUUGAGGAUGAGAUGGAUGUUGCCCCUCUCAAUCUCGGCAUGAUUGCUGCAUACUACUACAUUAACUAUACAACCAUUGAGUUAUUCAGCAUGUCCCUGAAUGCCAAGACUAAAAUUCGUGGUCUGAUUGAGAUAAUCUCCAAUGCCGCUGAGUACAAGAACAUACCAAUCAGACACCAUGAAGACACCCUGCUUCAUCAGCUAGCCCCGAAGGUGCCUCACAAAUUGAACAGCCCCAAGUUUAAUGACCCCCACGUGAAGACUAAUCUGCUGUUACAGGCCCAUUUGUCCCGUAUGCAGCUGAGUGCUGAGCUUCAGUCUGACACUGAAGAGAUCCUCAGUAAGGCUGUACGUCUCAUCCAGGCAUGUGUAGAUGUGCUCUCCAGCAAUGGCUGGUUGAGUCCGGCAUUAGCUGCUAUGGAGCUAGCUCAGAUGGUGACACAAGCCAUGUGGUCUAAGGACUCUUAUCUAAAACAACUUCCACACUUCACCACAGAGCACAUCAAACGCUGUACAGAAAAGGGUGUCGAAAGCAUCUUUGACAUCAUGGAGAUGGAGGAUGAUGACCGCAUUAAUCUUCUGCAGUUGUCAGAUAUUCAGAUGGCUGAUGUGGCACGUUUCUGUAACCGAUACCCUAACAUCGAGCUCUCCUAUGAAGUGGUUGAUAAAGAUGACAUCAAGAGCGGCAGUCCAGUUGUUGUUCAGGUGCAGCUGGAGAGAGAGGAAGAGGUUACAGGACCCGUCAUCGCGCCACUGUUUCCCCAGAAACGUGAAGAGGGCUGGUGGGUUGUGAUUGGAGACCCCAAAUCUAACAGUCUUAUCUCGAUCAAGAGGUUGACGCUGCAACAAAAAGCCAAGGUAAAACUGGACUUUGUGGCCCCUGUUGUUGGAGUUCAUAACUAUACACUGUAUUUCAUGAGUGAUGCUUACAUGGGUUGUGACCAGGAGUACAAGUUCAGUGUUGAUGUAAAGGAGGCAGACAGUGACAAAGACAGCGACUCAGACUGAUCCUAGAAUAAAUGUAACUGUAGUUAGUCUGUUAAUGAGGGAUCAAUACAAGAUUGAAACAUGUUAAAUGCAGAAAAUACAAUAUGGAAAAAGAAUAAAACCCACAAAGUGUAUUUCCCAAAGAGCAUAGAUUUUAAUAGGCACAGCAUACAAGAUUUACUGAUUUUAUGGAUGUUUUUUUUUUUGUUUUGUAGUUCAUAUUGUUACUAAAUAUAUAGAUCUAUUACAUUUUGUCAUUUUGUGUAUCAAUGGUUUUACAGAAUAAUCAAUUUAUGUUGACUCUAGGUAUGGAUUUGUGCUUUGUGCAUCUUUGUGUAUUCUUGAAUAAUAUUGACAAAAGGUUUGUAAAUAAAUAAAUCUUUCUUCCACCCCCACCAAGGUGACCACAA